UUCUAGUAGAACGAGCUCUAACGUGACCAACCACGGCAUCAACAAUGAGGGAAACCACUGGUGCACUCGUGAAGCUGGGUCCAACGACGUGAACUCGAACCCUUACCACUACUCUAACAGGGAUGGUUCAUACUACUACAGCAACUCCAACAUAGACCAGGGCUCGAGAUACUUCAACAACGGUAAGGGAGGCGCAUGGUAUACCCCUCCUCCCAAAUAA